GCUUCUCUCUUGUGGGUAUUAUCAGAAAUUGCUGUACUGAGAGGGAUAGGGUCAUGUUCAUAUACAUAUAUAGAGAGAGAGAGAGAGGGAAUUAGCGAGCUAGCUAGCUGGAAUAACCAGAGGGUUUUUCCUUCUCUGCUUGCCUUGUUUCUCUUUCCUUUCUUCAUCUCUCUCUCUCUCUCUCACAAUAAUAGAAGGUGAAUUAUAUACGAAAGGAGGACAUUUUAUUUCCAGCUACAGAGAGAGAAAGGUGAGACAUUGGGGCUUUAUCCUUUUGUCUCCUCUAUCUCUUUCCCUCCAUGUCUUCGCACCUUCUUCCUUUGUUUCUCUCAGUCUUGUCAAGUGAGCGAAUUCAUUCAUAUUUUUAUAUAUAUAGAUAUAUAGAUAUAAAUUAAUUAAUAUACACACACCACACGCACACGCACACGAGGUCGAUUCUGAUUUCUCGAAACCCCAUUUCAUCUUCUUAGAGGUUUAAAACUUCUGGGAUUGCUGAAUUUACUGCAUCGAAUCUCAUGUACGGAAGGCUGAGCCACUUCUACUGGUACUGAGUUUCGGAUUUUUGAGGAAAAGAGAGGUCGAAGAAGGGAAUCGAGUGGUUUUUUGUUAGAAAAAGUGGCUUCUUUGAUGAGUUUUGGGGGAUUUCUCGACAAUAACGGGUGGCGGUGCGGCGGUGGAGGAGGCGGAGGCGGCGAUAGAAUCGUCGCUGAUAUUCCUUACAGCAACGGCAGCACCAACGAUAAUAGAAUGCCGUCGAGUGGUUCAAUCUCGCAGCCUUGUGUCGUCACACAACCAGCUGCGAUGGCGAAAUCCAUGUUCAGCUCUCCGGGACUGUCUCUCGCACUUCAAACGAAUCUUGACGAGCAACAAGGAGAUGCGAAUAGAAUGCCUGAAAGCUACGAGCCAAAUGUUGGGGCGAGAAGAAGCAGAGAGGAAGAACACGAAAGCAGAUCUGGCAGUGAUAAUAUGGAAGGCCCCACUUCCGGCGACGAUCAAGACGCCGCCGACAACCCUCCGAGGAAGAAACGCUAUCACCGACAUACCCCUCAACAAAUACAAGAACUCGAAGCUCUGUUCAAGGAGUGUCCUCACCCAGAUGAGAAACAAAGACUAGAACUGAGCAGAAGGCUUUCCUUGGAAACCAGACAGGUGAAAUUUUGGUUCCAAAAUCGAAGAACCCAGAUGAAGACCCAAUUGGAGCGCCAUGAAAACACUUUGCUCAGGCAAGAAAACGAUAAACUGAGAGCAGAAAACAUGUCUAUAAGAGAAGCUAUGAGGAAUCCUAUAUGUUCAAAUUGUGGAGGCCCAGCCAUUAUCGGCGAGAUUUCCCUCGAAGAACAACACCUGAGAAUCGAAAACGCUCGACUGAAGGACGAGCUAGACCGAGUUUGUGCUCUAGCAGGAAAGUUUCUGGGCCGACCCAUUUCUUCAUUGACCAGUCCGAUCGGUCCUCCAUUGCCAAACUCAAGCUUAGAACUCGGAGUUGGGAUGAACGGGUUUGGUGGUAUGAGCACCGUGCCGUCGACAUUGCCUUUAGGGCCAGAUUUUGGGAUUUCGAGCCAAUUAGCCAUAGUGCCUCCGGCGACAACAUCGACGGCCACGACGAUGACCAGAGCAGUGGGGAAUUUGGUCAGCGGACUUGAUAGGUCCAUAGAGAGGUCUAUGUUUCUGGAGCUUGCCUUGGCGGCCAUGGACGAGCUGGUGAAGAUGGUGCACACCGAUGAGCCUCUCUGGUUAAGAAGCUCAGAAGAAGGAGGAAGAGAGAUUCUGAACCAUGAAGAGUACAUGAGAACUUUCAGUUCUCCUUGCAUUGGCAUGAGACCAAAUGGUUUCGUCUCCGAGGCUUCAAGAGAAACUGGAAUGGUCAUCAUCAACAGCCUGGCCCUCGUCGAAACUCUAAUGGACUCAAAUCGAUGGGCAGAAAUGUUUCCAUGUUUGAUUGCCAGAACCUCCACAACCGAAGUAAUAUCCAGUGGAAUAAAUGGAACCAGAAACGGUGCACUUCAACUGAUGCAUGCUGAGCUUCAGGUUCUAUCGCCAUUGGUGCCAGUUCGAGAGGUGAAUUUUCUUCGAUUCUGCAAGCAACACGCGGAGGGGGUGUGGGCUGUAGUUGAUGUGUCGAUCGAGACAAUUCGAGAACCUUCUGGAGCUGCUGUUUCGUUUAUGAACUGCAGAAGACUUCCUUCUGGGUGUGUUGUUCAGGAUAUGCCAAAUGGUUACUCCAAGGUGACUUGGGUGGAACACGCAGAAUACGAUGAAAGCCAAGUCCACCAACUCUAUAGAUCCUUGUUGAGCUCCGGCAUGGGCUUUGGUGCUCAACGGUGGGUCGCCACCCUGCAACGUCAAUGCGAGUGCCUUGCCAUCUUAAUGUCCUCCUCCGUUCCCUCUCGAGAUCACACCGCUGCCAUAACGGCCGGUGGCCGGAGGAGCAUGUUGAAGCUAGCGCAGCGGAUGACCAACAACUUUUGUGCCGGAGUUUGCGCUUCAACCGUGCACAAGUGGAACAAGCUGAACGCAGGAAACGUCGACGAGGACGUCCGGGUGAUGACGCGGAAGAGCGUGGACGAUCCCGGCGAGCCGCCAGGGAUAGUUUUGAGCGCAGCCACCUCCGUUUGGCUUCCCGUUUCACCCCAGAGACUGUUCGAUUUCCUACGUGAUGAGCGUCUGCGAAGCGAAUGGGACAUUCUCUCAAACGGUGGGCCCAUGCAAGAGAUGGCCCACAUCGCCAAAGGCCAAGACCACGGCAAUUGCGUCUCUCUCCUAAGGGCCAGUGCGAUGAAUGCAAACCAGAGUAGCAUGCUCAUCCUGCAGGAGACAUGCAUAGACGCGGCGGGUUCGCUUGUGGUGUACGCUCCUGUGGACAUCCCGGCCAUGCAUGUGGUGAUGAACGGCGGUGACUCGGCUUAUGUGGCGUUGUUACCUUCGGGGUUCGCUAUAGUCCCGGAUGGACCGGGGUCGCGUGGAUCCCAAACUCCGGCUAGCAAUGGGGACGCGAACGGUGGCGUUAAUGAGAGAGUGAGUGGGUCCCUCCUGACGGUGGCGUUUCAAAUCCUCGUGAAUAGCCUCCCUACGGCCAAGCUCACGGUGGAAUCGGUAGAGACGGUGAACAACCUCAUCUCGUGUACUGUUCAGAAAAUAAAGGCCGCUCUUCACUGUGAAAGCUGACGCUCACGUGUGCGUCGUAGGUCACGUGACCUAGUGUAAUUCUUUUUCCUUUUUAUCUCUUUGAAAGCUUAGGGUAGUUAAUUCAAAUAUGUCAAGGUGGCGCGUGUGAAAACGCGAGAGUGACUACUACUAAUUGUGGUUUGAAAAGGGACUGUGGGGGAGUUGAGUCAAGAACGAACCGCACUGGGGGAAAGAAAUCAGAAAGAAAAAACUCCUUGCAUGGUGGUGAGGAUCCGAAGCUCAUGCGGGUCCGGAUCUUUAACACAAGGCAAGGGUGGUGGUUCGGGUAUUGACUCGGGUCGACCCUUGCAUUCUUAUUUAGUUAAAGGGAUUGGUUUUUUUUGUUUUUUGGGUUCAAUGUUUAUAUUUUGAUGAAAUUUUUGUGCAGUGGUUGCCUGUUU